UGGGUCCGGAGCUGGGACAUGGAGUCCGGGCAGCAGCCGGUGUGGCGCGGCCUGGGGCUGCUGGGCAGAGGCGGGGACAACCCCGGGCUGGGCCCUGGGGGCUGCGAGAGGCGGCUGCUGUGGGUCGCGUCCUUGCUGUGCGUUUUGCUGGACCUGCAGUUGCCAGGUUUGCUGGCUGCUGGGCAAGCUGAGAUAGAAAACCACCUGGAAAUGGGGCGGAAGCUAUUGGCCGCUGGGCAGCUGGCUGAGGCACUAUCACACUACCACUCUGCGGUGGAAAGUGAUCCCAAAAACUACCUUACCUACUACAAACGGGCAACUAUCUACUUAGCCAUGGGCAAGUUCAAAUCGGCGCUCCCUGACCUCUCAAAGGCUAUUGAGCUCAAGCCGGAUUUCAUGGCUGCCCGAUUACAGCGAGGCAACAUCCUCCUGAAACAAGGCAGCAUGCAGGAAGCCAAGCAGGACUUUGAAGCUGUGCUCCAAAGUAAUCCGGAAAAUACAGAGGCCCAAAGGCAGCUUGCGCGUGUCUCUGAGCUCGAAUUUUCCAUGCAAGAAGCCCGUACUGCCUUCCAGAGGAAGAACUACCUGGGAGCAAUCAGUAUUUUGGAUCAAGCAAUUGAGAUCUCCCCCUGGGACCCAGAAGCAAAAGAGCUGCGUGCUGAGUGCUAUCUGUACCUCGGCGACUACAACAAGGCCAUCAUGGACCUGAAACCCACCACCAAGCUGCGUAACGAUAACAGGGCGGCCUUCCUGAAGCUCAGCAAACUCUAUUACAACUUGGGGGAACACGAGGAGUCCUUAAACCAAGUGCGGGAGUGCUUGAAGCUGGAUCAGGACGACAAGGACUGCUUCUCCCACUACAAGCAAGUGAAGAAGCUCGCCAAGCAGCUGGAAUCUGCCGAGGAGCACAUCAGAUCUCAGAGGUACGAAGAUGCCAUUGAGAAGUAUAAAGCAGCCAUGAAAACUGAGCCCAACGUGGAGAUCUAUACCAGUAAGGCAAAAGGACGCAUCUGCCACUGUUUAUCCAAGAGCAAACAGCCUCAUGAAGCUAUAGACAUUUGCACAGAAGCCCACCAACUCGACCCCAGGAACAUCUUCAUCUUGCGUGACAGAGCUGAAGCCUAUAUCCUGAACGAGGAGUUUGAAAAAGCGGUUGAAGACUAUCAAGAGGCCAAAGAGUUUGAUGGUGAAAAUGAGGAAUUAAAAGAAGGGUUGGAGAGGGCACAGAAACUGCUAAAGCAAUCGAAGAAACGGGACUAUUACAAAAUCCUUGGGAUUCGGAGGAAUGCAAAUAAGCAGGAAAUCAUCAAAGCCUACCGGAAGCUAGCUCAGCAAUGGCACCCUGACAAUUUCCAGUCUGAAGAUGAGAAAAAAGAGGCUGAGAAGAAAUUCAUUGACAUUGCAGCUGCUAAAGAGGUCCUGACAGAUCCAGAAAUGCGGCAGAAGUUUGACUCCGGCGAGGACCCCCUGGACCCAGAGAACCAGCAGGGAGGGGCAGGACACCAGCACCAGUGGCCCUUCGAAUUCAACCCUUUUGGUUCUGGGAACUUCCACUUCAAAUUCCACUUCAAUUAACUUGGAACCGAGCCUUGGAACAGGAAGGCAAAAAAACAAACAAAAAAAACAAGACCCUGUGGCUAGCAAGCAGGUGCCUGGACCUCUGAGCUGUGCUUUGUCCAUGCAGACACUGCAAAAGUUACCAGCCCCCAUCAGAAAACAACCGCUAUGCAAUGGGGGUGGGUGGAGGUGGCCUCCCCGCUGCAUCCAGACAUCCCUGGCCCAGAUGUCCGGAUGCUCUUUCCGACUAGAGCUGAGGCCUGAAGAAAGAUGGUGUCGUCUUGUCUCUGGUUGUGGUUCCCAAGCAAUGGGGGGCUGCAAGGUGAGAUGUAACCAAGCCUUGCAUACCUUUCUGAAAAUCCUGCCUUUCAUGGGAGUCCUUGCAACUCUGAGUUUAUGUACACGGCCCGACUUAGUUGGACGAUGGGCUGUACCUCUCGUGUCUGCUGAGAUUCAUUUUUUUUUAAGCUGGUGGUAAGGAAACUGAUUCCUCCUUCCCUGCCCUCACUCCCAUCUAUCCUUAAAUAAAUCCUUCACUGCCAUAUAACUACCAACCCGUUCAAAUUGUAAAAAGAAAAG